AUGGGCACUCAGAUGCUCAUCAGAUGUAUCCAGAUAAGCAACCUGGCUGAUGACUACUGGAGAGUGCAUUCUAAGCAGCAAAUUUCAUCAUCCAGCCCGUUGUCCUCUCUUUUGCCAUUCAUCGAUAGCUUCGGUCUGAUGCGAGUUGGUGGCCGUCUACAGAAUUCGUCCUUGGAUUACAAUGCGCAGCAUCCUGUCAUACUGCCACGCCAGCAUCCAGUUACACGUGCCAUUAUACUGGACUUGCAUCGGAGGAACUUGCAUUCUGGUCCACGAGCUCUGCUCGCUCACAUGCGCCUUCAGUUUUGGCCGAUAGGUGGCCGGAAAACAGUGUCAGCUGCAACUUCAAAAUGCGUCAUAUGCUUUCGUGCCAAGCCACAGCUUUCUCAACACAUAAUGGCUGACUUGCCCAAGGAUCGCGUAAACGCUACGUCUACGUUCAUGGUUACUGGUCUGGACUUCUGCGGUCCAUUUUAUUACAAAACCGGAGUUCGAAGCAAGGUGCCUGUGAAAACAUACGUCUGCGUCUUCAUCUGUUUCGCGACGAAAGCGAUCCAUCUGGAGCUUGUCCAGGAUCUUUCGACACAAGCAUUUUUGGGAGCACUGAAGCGGUUUAUUCUCACCAGAGGCAAACCUGUCCGAAUAUGGUGGGAUAAUGCCCCGAACUUUGUUGGAGCCAAGAACGAGCUAGCUGAGCUGAAGAAUCUGUUCUUAUCGAGCCCCCACAUUCGAGCGAUUGAAGAAUUCUGCCUGGAAGAUUCGAUUGAGUGGCGUUUUAUUCCCCCUCGUUCACCUCACUUUGGAGGUCUCUGGGAGGCUGCAGUAAAAACGGCCAAAUUUCAUUUCUACCGUUCUGUUGGCCCAUCGUUAUUAUCGUUCGAUGAAUUGCGUACUCUCGUUUGCCACAUUGCGGCGAUUGUAAACUCACGGCCUUUACUCCCUCUUUCAGAGAAUCCGGCAGAUCUUGAGGCGCUAACUCCUGCACACUUUCUUGGCACAGUUCCUCUGGUGUUGUACUCAGAGCCUGACGUCACAAAGCUGAACUUCAACCGUUUGGACCGCUGGCAGAGUAUUUCCUACUUCCAACAAAUUUUCUGGUCACGGUGGCGUGAAGAGUACAUGACCCUGUUACAGCAACGGUCAAAGUGGCGCACUCCCAAACUAAAUAAAAUAACUAAUUUCAAAUCGUAA